UCUCUGAAAAGAUAGUCACUGUACAAAACCUGGCGAGAUCACAUGACCAUGUAAUCUGUUUCAGAAAUGCACUGGAAAUUGAGAAUAAUUAUACACCAGAAAUGGAGAGUAGUAAUCAUAUACUGAAAAUCACACAAUGAUUUAUUUAGGUUAAAUCCUGUAGUUGUAAUGUAUGUAAUGAUGUAAUAAUAAAAUAACUUGUAUGUAACAAUAUACAACGAUUUGUAAUGGGUAUGAAUGAGUUCUAUUAGUAGUGAAAUUCAACCACAAAAAUAAGUAACAGUGAAUUAAAUAUACACACACACACACACACACACACAUAUAGUAGCAUACAUACACCGUGUACUAUAUGAGCAUGUAGCCUCGGUGACAAAGUCAUGUCAGCAUUCUAUACUGUAUCUGGAAGGUCAGACCUUAUCUGACACAACAUCUGACCACAACAUCUUGUGCAGGCCAUGAUUCUUUCUAAACGGGACUACUGUAAUUCAAUGUUAGCUGGCCUACCUGCUUGUGUAAUGAGGUCAUCACAGAUGACGCAAAAUGCAGCAGCACAUCUGGUCUUUAAUCAGCCAAAGAAGACACAUGUAAAAUCUUUAUAAGUUACUCUUCAUUGGCUUUCUAUAUAAGCUAUAUAAUCCCUAAAAUAUAAGAUAUAUAAUCCCUCACCCUGGCCUAUAGGACACUUGAAUUUACACCUUGCUAUUUGAAUUCCAUGAUCCAGCUCCAAAUCCCCUCUCGUCCACUGCAUUCCGCUGAUGAGCGUCUGCUGUGUCGACCAUCCAUUCAUUCUAAGAGGUUUCCUAAGUGAUUCCUCGUUGGUGGAAUGAGUAACCCAAUUUUCCAUGUUCUUGAGAUAUUUUUGGGACUUUCAAGACAUGUUUAAAGACUCAUCUGUUCAUCUUGUACUUAAUUCAUUAAUUCUCUCACAGAGUAAUGAUGUCUUUAGUGGACUUGGGGAAAAAGCUUCUGGAAGCUGCACGAUCAGGUCAAGAUGAUGAAGUUCGGAUACUAAUGGCUAAUGGAGCACCUUUCACAACAGACUGGCUUGGGACGUCUCCCCUGCACCUGUCAGCCCAGUAUGGACAUUACUCAACCACAGAGGUGUUACUGAGAGCAGGUGUGAGUCGAGAUGCUCGAACCAAAGUAGACAGGACCCCCCUUCAUAUGGCUGCUUCAGAAGGGCAUGCUAGCAUUGUCGAGGUGCUACUGAAGCACGGGGCUGACGUCAAUGCCAAAGAUAUGCUGAAAAUGACCGCUCUCCACUGGGCUACUGAACACAACCACCGAGAGGUUGUGGAGCUCCUCAUCAAAUAUGGUACUGAUGUCCACGCUCAGAGCAAAUUCUGCAAAAAUGCCCUGGACAUUGCCUUGGAUAAUGGAAAUGAAGAACUCGCUGAAAUUCUUCAGGUGGCCAUGCAAAACCAGAUCAACACAAACCCAGAGAGUCCAGACACCAUGACGAUACACACAGCAGCUCCACAGUUUAUCAUUGGGCCUGGAGGCGUUGUGAACCUGGCUGGAUUAGUCUCUUCAGGGAAUUCUGGUAAAUCAGCAGUUGUGGCGACAGAGGAAGUUGUGACCGCAGAUACCGUGGACGGUGCCAUUCAACAGGUUGUGAGUUCAGGUGGUCAGCAAGUGAUUACCAUAGUAACAGAUGGCAUUCAGCUGGGCAACCUCCAGGCGGGUGGGGGCAUCGGCCAACCAAUCAUCGUGACCAUGCCAGAUGGUCAGCAAGUGUUGACCGUGCCUGCCACUGACAUCGCAGAGGAGACGGUCAUCAGUGAGGAGCCCACAGUAAAACGCCAACGCAUAGAAGUGGUGGAGUGUAACACCGUGAGCCAGGAAAUAGAGGAGAAGGAAACCCUUCAGAAGCAGUUAGAGGAGGCCAAUCGCGAGGCGCAAAAAUACAGACAGCAGCUCUUUAAGAAAGAGCAGGAGGCCGAGGCCUACAGACAAAAGCUGGAGGCCAUCACACGCGGCAAGAAAGUGGCGUGAGGCUUCCAUGCAGGAUGAAGUCACAGACUCUCUGAGACUGAACUCAUGAAGGAGGAUGACCUCUCAGCAUGGACAUUGCAACACACACAUAAACACACAGGGAACCUGUGUGGGGUCGGCCUGUGUGUGAAACAUUGUACUCAUUUGAGACGGAAGAAACGGUGUGAGGGAAGCCACUGUGGAAUUUGGGUGACUGGGGUUGGACGCAAAGCAGAUGUCCCAAGUAGGUGUCAUCACAGAUGCCUCCCCUCUAUAAGCUCAGUGUCUCCAUAUGGCCACUGAUGAUAAAAUUUUAAUUUGAAUGGAAAUUAAAUGUUAUUUGAACUUGAUUUCAAAUUGAAACAGGUAUGUUAUGUCGAUAGAUGAAACUGACAUAAUCCAUUGCGUUUAUCUAGGUCAAAUUAUUAUCCAGUUGUCUAAUUAUGUUGUAAUGAACAGUCAGACAUUUUGUUACAUCAGAAAAUAUGAUGGCUUAUAGCGUUUAGUCUCCUGGUUCUGACAACAUAUAUGAUGUAUUUUGUCAACCCUGUCAUUUUCCAAAAUAAUAUUUUUAAUGUAUUUUUGCAGUUCAGUUGUCUUUCUCACUGUCCUCAGCUUUAUAUAGGCCUACCUUUAAUUAUAAUGACAGAACACCACAGAUACCGAUGACACAGAGUAUCCCCAUCUUUCACUGUCUCCUCUCCACAAGGACAUAGUUAAUACUAUGUUAAAUUAUACAGUAUUAACUAUGUCCUUGUGUGUUUUACUGACAUUUGGAAAUGUUUCAGCACAUUUUGCCAAAUUUUGCAUUUAGUGUCAUAUUUUUAAAAUAUGUUUUUAUGCAUGUAUUGUUAUUCUGACAAGAAUUAUGUGAGGUUAUGAUUUGUUCAUGGUGUGAAUUCAUCUGUGAAAAGUGGCCUUAUGUGUAUCCUAUUAUGAGAGAUAACUAGAACAAAAAGGACACAGAAAAAUGACUUGGUAUUUUAAACAGGAGCCAUCAAUAGGUCAAUAUUAACAUUUAAACACACACGGUGUUAAAGCUUUCAACAAAUAUGACUUAUUCAUUUUGUUAUGCUGUCUAUGUAUGUUUGUAUGUGUAUUAUAUUGUGUCAUAUUUAUGUACAUCCCUAAAAACACGAUACUAAACUGUAAAUAAUUCUCCAUAAAGCACUGUGGAAACCUUUUU